AAAAAGUGCAAAUAUAUUUAAGUGAGGUGUACCGAUUGAAAUUUGACGAUCCCGUCCCUGCAAAUCAUAAAGACCGCCCAAAUUCGCGCACAGCUUCUCUUCCUCUCUGUCUCAGUCUCUCAAGAUGAUGAAGCUGUCGCGACUUUUACAGUCCAGGAACCUGUUGUCUGGGAAACUUCUAUAUGGGAAAUCUGGUGAUGUUAAAGAUGCUUCAUGCCUGCAUGCAUUUACAGUUCAUGCUGGGAUAUCAACUUCAAGAGAGAAUUCUGCUGCUAAAGGAUAUGCUGCACAGCGAAUAUUUGCUUCUUAUUCUGUUUUCAAGGGCAAAGCUGCACUCUCUGUGACUCCUGUUCUCCCAACUUUCACAAAAUUGGAUUCUGGCAGUGUUGUAGUUGACCGUCGUGGUGUCAUGAUGUUUAAGUUCUUACCUGCUAUUGGUGAGCGCAAGUAUGAUAAUGAGAAGAGACAGAUGAUUGCUUUGUCAGUGACAGAGGUUGGGUCUUUGAUUAGCUUGGGCCCUCAAGAUUCUUGUGAGAUGUUUCACGACCCAUCAAUGAAAUCAAGCAAUGCUGGUCAAGUCAGGAAGAGCUUAUCAAUUAAGCCUCAUGCGGAUGGUAGUGGCUAUUUAAUUUCUCUGUCUGUUGUCAACAACAUUCUUAAAACCAAAGAAUACUUCACUGUUCCUGUCACAACUGCUGAAUUCUCAGUGAUGAAGACAGCUUGCAGUUUUGCAUUGCCCCACAUCUUAGGUUGGGGCCGGUUAACAAAUCAGCUGCCGAGAGGCACAGAGGGACAGCCAUCAAAGGUUGAUUCACAACUACUGGAUUUAGAGUGGGAUAAAUGAAGUCAAGGCAGCCGAGAAUCAAUGAUGCCACCUCCGCGCAUUGUUUGUCAAUCUGAAAAUAUUGUUGUGUGCGUUAUGUCGAGUUGUUAGUUCAUGAUGAUAAACAAAAUGAAUUAGAACAUAAAACUUGUCAUUAUUGUGUAAUCUUUUAAGUCUUCUGGAAUUAGCUAUGGUAUUUGUCAUCUAGAUUAUGGAGUGGUACUUGAUGAGUAUUCGAUAA